AUGUCAACGUCUGCGGUCGUUCCGUUGGUAUUCUGGGGCAGCACUCCUCCCAAACAUGUGGUGACUUGUAUUUUGGUAACUUAUGAUCAAAAAACCGUCAUAACUGGGUCGAAAUCCGGUCAGCUAGGAGUCUGGGAUAUCAGACAUUUGGAUGGAGGCGAAGUAGAGGUAAAGAAACCUCUUACAAAUCAAUUGAUCAGUUAUGAAAUAAUAUGCUGGUAUUCACCUGUAGCUAUUCAUCGGUCUUUGAACAAUAAAAUGCAAUACAGUCUAUAUAUGUCAAACAAUAGUACAUAUAAAUUUCACUUUGUUUUAGAAAAUGAAAACCUCAACCUAGGGCUCUUGACGUGCAUUAAAAUGACAAGGAAAAUGAAUGGGUAGCGUAGCUAGACAGCGUUUAGGUGUAUAGUUCCUUUAUUGGCUUAAUUAUAGCUUCAAUGCUGUAUGUAACUGCCGAAAUUUUCAAUUGUGUAUGUAGGUCAUUGCAAAGAGUCUAAUAUUUGGUCACAAUGAUUUGGUUUCUGCAUUAGCAUGUGCCUGUGUUGGCUUGGAGAACCAGUCUGCUGUUAUCAGUGCUGCUGAAAAUGGGUAAUUAACAAUUACAGUACUCCCCCCCCCUUACACAUUCUACCACUAUACACCCCCCUGCAAGCUCUAUGGCAGGCUCUACCAAUAUACAUCAUCCUGCAAGCUCUACCAAUAUACACCCCCCUGCCAGCUCUAUCUUCUAUCCAGGCCCACCCCCCUACAGGCUCUAUCAGUAUACACCCCCUAGAGGCUCUAGCAUCCCCACCCCCCUGCAGGCUCUACCAGUAUACACCCCCCUGCAGGCUCUAGCAUCCCCACCCCCUGCAGGCUCUGCCAAUAUACACCCCCUUGCAGGCUCUAGCGCCCCCACCCCCUGCAGGCUAUACCAAUAUAAACCCCCCUGUAGGCUCUAGCAUCCCCACCCCUCGCAGGCUCUACCAAUAUACACCCCUUGCAGGCUCCCCAAGCACCCCCACCCCCCACCCCCUGCAGGCUCCACCAGUAUAAACCCCUGCAGGCUCUAGCAUCCCCACCCCCUGCAGGCUCACCAAUAUGGCUCCCCCUGCAGGCCUCAGCACCCUCCCCCCCAAGCUGGCUCUACCAGUAUAUAAACCCCCUGCAGGCUCUAGCAUCCCCACCCAACUGCAGGCUCUACCAAUAUACACCCCCCUGCAGACUCUAGCAUCCCACCCCCUGCAAGCUCUACCAGUAUACACCUCCCUGCAGGCUCUAGCAUCCCACCCCCUGCAGGCUCUACCAGUAUACGCCUCCCUGCAGGCUCUAGCAUCCCCACCCAACUGCAGUCUCUACCAGUAUACACCCCCUGUAGGCUCUAGCAUCCCCACCCCCCUGCAGGCUCUACCAGUAUAAACCCCCCUGCAGGCUCUAGCAUCCCCACCCCCCUGCAGGCUCUACCAAUAUACACCCUCUGCAGGCUCUAGCAUCCCCACCCAACUGCAGGCUCUACCAGUAUACACCCCCCUGCGGGCUCUAGCAUCUCCACCCCCUGGAAACUCUACCCCCAGUGUUAAUUAGUUUUGUAGAUCUCUAUUCUGUGUUUGUAUUAUUUUUCAAAGUGAAUUAUGUCUGUGGGAUGUUGAUGAUGGCUUGUGUAUACAAACAAAUACCAUAGUUGGAGCACACACAAAUUUAUUGGUGAGUUAGAAAGUCUAAAAAAUACAAAAGGAUACUUCCAACAUUUUCAAUGACGUUUUUAAUAUAUUUACCAUGUAUAAAAUAUACAAUAUAGAUUCAUUAGGUUGUUUAACAAUAAAAUUGCCCAAUAGACAGUGCAAAAAACAUAGUAGAGCUAAACUUACACAUUUAUUUCAGCCAUUUCAUGUUUCUACUGGUGGUAACAAAGAAUGGAGAGUAGUAUGUCAUGGAUAUUAUCUUGAUGUCUAUGUUGUUGAUGUUCUUACUUUAGAGGUAGGCAAAACUCCGUUUUCAAAUGCCAGAAUUCCGUUUUCAAAUGCCAGAACUCCGUUUUCAAAUGCCAGAACUCCCUUUUCAAAUGCCAAAACUCCGUUUUCAAAUGCCAAAACUCCGUUUUCAAAAGCCAAAACUCCCUUAGUUUUCAAAUGGCAGAACUCCGUUUUCAAAUGCCAGAGCCCCGUUUUCAAAUGUCAGAGCUCCGUUGUCAAAUGCCAGAACUCCGUUUAGUAUUUUAUUGUUUUUUUUACAGGUGCUCUAUACCUUGUCAUCAAGUGCGUCUUCCAAUUGGUUAGCUGCAGCUUGUGUGGUCAGACCUCCACGAAGGCAAGGUAUGAUAAUUAAGUACAUGUAGCAGUUACCCCUUCAUCAACCCUCGUGCAUUGGGCCUCACAUUCUACAGGAUAUAUUCGAGUAAAAUAUCAUGUCUAAUAAUGUUAACAUGCUGUCAAAUUUUUUUUUUUAGAGGAUGUUCUUGUGGGUAUUACAUUGUCAGGCACAGUGAAAAUCUGGCCACUGAAGAGGAAUCCUGAGAAUAAGGUCUGCGGUUACUAGAAUGGGUUGAAUGUGUACAAAAAACAUCUAAAUAAAUAUAAAUCUGACCAAGGUUAAUUAAAGUGGCACUGUCAUCAAAAUUUUUAUUUUCUUUAACGAAAAUGCUUUUAAAACUGUAUAACAACUUGUUUUGAAGAUUUUUGUUCCCAUGCUUAGUUCUUGAGAUAUUUCAUUUUGUUUGUAACCAUGUGACGUCAUUUACGCAAUUACAUUACAUAUAUAAUGAGAUAUCAGUAAUUGUUGUGUAUCUUUGCUAUUUUUGAUGGAUUUGUUUAAAAAAAACAGUAUGCUUAACGUUAUAGGUUGAAUUAUCAAACGCGCCGCAUCUUUCGAAAGAUUUUGAUAAAAAAUUGCAAAGAUACACAACAAUUACUGAUAUCUCAUUAUAUAUGUAAUUGAGUAAAUGACGUCACAUGGUUACAAACAAAAUGAAAUAUCUCAAGAACUAAACAUGGGAACAAAAAUCUUUAAAACAAGUUACCAUACAGUUUUAAGAGCAUUUUCGUUUAAGAAAAUCAAAAUUUUGAUGACAGUGCCACUUUAAUGUAAUCAAUGAAUAAUCAAAUUAGUUCUUUUUUUUAGGCAACCGAAGCGAUGUAUGAUCAAAUGUUAUCACAGAUGACAGGAGUCAAAGCACUUCACGUUGUAUGCAAUCCAUUUUCUCAACGAACAAUACUUAUUGUGUCAGCGAAACAAUGGCAGGUAUUGGAACACAACAUCAGCAAUUUAAUAAUACAUUUGACUUGUUUGAACAAGUAUGAUUUGCCAUUAUUGUGAUCGGAUUUCUUGGGGCCUGCAGUCCUUGUCCCCGAGUGCCGAGAACCCUGUGGCUGGAAUCUUAUCAGAGAGGGCUUUAACAUGAACCAAUCUCUCUCCAGAUGUAUGAUGUCAGUAACUUCCAGUUUCUAACAGCCAUGCCUGCAGUUUCUGGUGCAACCUGGUCAGCAGCUGAUUACAUCCAGAGUAACUGCGUUCUUAUUUGGUCCAAGGUAAAUGCUCAUCAAAAUUAUUGAUCAACAGUAUACCGGUUACAUUAGAAAUGAAUUCUGCUGCUUUAGUCUCUAACUUAAAGGCACAGUUCAGCCUUUUGAACGAUGGUUUUUAAGGCGCAUUUCAGCCCUUUUAAUUGAAAAAACUAACUAGGAAAAUCAAUUAAGCAUUACGCACGAUCAGCAAACUUAAUGUUUUUAACAUUUUAAAACAUUUUUAUUGUCAAAAACAUUGAGUUUACUGAUCUUGAAUUAUGUAUAUUAAUUGAUUUUCCUAGUUUUUCAAUUAUAAAAGGUCAGAAAUGCGCUUUAAAAACCAUCAUUCAAAAGGCUGAACCACACCUUUAAAGUACAAUGGAAACUCGUCUUACGGCCACUUCCGAUUUUUUUUUCGUCACCGAUUUUUUUUUUUUUUGUCCAGUCGAAGGUCAUCGAUUUUUUUCAAAAUCGCAAAUAUGAGACUGAGAUUCGACAGAUAUAUAUUGUACAAUGAUGUAUAAAGUCAAAGACUACCGUUUUCAGAGUCUGCAUGUUGUUUUGUUGACUAACAGAGUUCCACUGUGUGCAAUACAAUACAAUACAAUAAUUUAUUAAACUCUCCCCAGUCCUCAUGCAACGGGGCUUUUCGGAGCCAAUUAACAUUUACAAAAAAUUUAGAAGUUAUACUGUACUAACAUGAAAUUCUAACUAACUAAUUACUGGUAUAGAUGUAAAAAUUUUUAAAGGCCAAUUAAAUGCUACUAUGAAUAAUUUCCUAAAAUAUAUUUACGUAAUUUAUGUUUAAAAAUGUUAACUGAUGAACUACAUUUAAUGUUCUCUGGAAGUUCGUUCCAUAAGGAGACAGCACGAUAGUAGAAUGUCCGUUGGCCAGCUGCAAUUCUGAAAAAGGGGAUGUACAAAGAACUUGAGACAUUGCAUCCUGUGUCAUUUUUUUCUCCAAAUCUUUUAGAAAGGGAAAGCAUAUAUGUACAAGUUACCUGAAAGGUACCAUAUUUUUACAUGUAAUACCACUCUUUUCAUUCAGAUGUUAAAUUUAACACGUAUGAAAGCCGGACCGUCCUAACAAAAUACAUUGCAAAUUAUCUAGAUGCUGCCCAGAAAAACAAGUGGUACCAGGUAAAUAGUGAACUAUAAACAUUUUUCGAAAUACUUAUUUUCAUGCUAUUUAUAGAGAACUAAAUUUCUAAGCAGGCCAAGUUUCAGUGCGAUUAUCGGAAGAGGAUGGUCAACCUCAGUUGAUUCACACAUUUCAAGACCGUUGUCAAGAGGUAUGCAUAAAAAUACGGCGUGCAUAAUUGUGCCACGACUUUAAAUUCAUGUCUAUACAGUAACUAUACAAGCAGAAUUGUACGCAUAAAAACGCACAAGUUGUUACAGGUCUGCAAACAAGUUGUUACAAAUCUGUUCACAACCUGUCGACAAGUUGUGUUCGCACUGCUUGUUCCCAGUUGUUGUAACAAGUUUGGAACAAGCUGUUAACAACUUGUAACAAGCUUGAUGGUAUUAUCAUGAGACUCGUUACAAGGUUGUUCUAACAAGUCUUCUGAUACAAACGUGAUAUAACAAGAAUGUUACAAGGCUGACGACACAAGAUUGUAACAAUACUGUUAUAUCAUGACUGUGUCGGACUUGUUGGAACAACCUUGCAACAAGAACGAUAAUGCCGUCAAGCUUGUUACAAGUUGUCAACAUGUUGUUCCAUACUUGUUGACAACUUGGGACAAGCAGUGCGAACACAACUUGUUGGCAGACUUGCUACAAGAUGUGAAAUUUUUACGUGUGUACAUUGGCUUCAAAUUGCGUACUUGUACACGCGUAAAAAUCCUACAUCUUGUAGAAAGUCUGCCAACAAGCUGUCAACAUUGGUCUCGGUCUCGUUUUUAUACACCCUGUAUUUAUACCUGUAUUUUCAGAAAACAUUCAAUGGUUCAAGAAUGAUGUUUUCCUUUGGCCGCCGAGAACCUUUUCAUAAAUUGAUUGUUGAAGGAAAUGCAAAUGGAAGGUAAUAUACACAAGAAACAGCAAGGUUACACUUAGGUAUUAAGUUAGAAGCCAUUUGUCUUGUUUUGUUUGAGCAUCAGUUGAUUGUUUUAGAGUGAAUAUUUGGCGUAUUGAUGAGAUCGUACAAAAGCUCGAGAAUAAUGAAGAAAGUUUUGGGAAAUCAUUGGAAGGUGUGCAAUGUUUCAUACACAUCUACAGUAUUACUCUCUUUUCUUCUACGUUUUUACCAGAUAUACAUGCCUGCACAAAGCAAAAAACCGUUAUGUCUGAAAUGGGAAUAAGAUCUGCUUAUAAGUUCUUUGUAGGUUUGCAUGGCGAUAAAACAUAUAAUACUUUUGUUUGUGGAAACACCACGUAAAUUUAUUACUGCAAAGCUUUCGAUCCGUAAAAUCUGCUUAUACUUUUUCAGUUUCCUACUUUGUGUAACAACAACGAAUUGUUGCCAUGUUUGUUGCACGGUUGCUGUUCCUUGUGGAUCAAAUAAGUCGACGUUUCUAAACACUCGCAGACAAAGAUGUAUUGCAGGACUUUUUAGAUUUUUUUUCAUAUUUAUAACAAAAGAAUAUAAUUUCAAAUAUUUACAUGUUUAUAUACAGACUCCAAUUCUCACCCCAGCAACAACCCUAACCCACCCCAACCUACCCUAACCCAACUCUAACCCUAACCGCAACCAUUACCCCAAUCCUAACCCUAACCCAUCCGUCUUCCCACCCUAAUCCCAAACCCUAACCCUAAAACAUAACUAUAAUCAUGCCACUGCUUACCCUAAGACUAGUCAUCUUUCAGUUCCAACAUGCAUUAAUAGUUAAGAACCAUAAGCUCUUAGUUGUUCUCAUGCGCUAACUAAAUGUCCAUCCAGUAAUGACUGUUCACGGCAGUUAAAUAUCCACAGGCGUGACUUGAUUCCUUGUAAAACAAGAGAACAAAUUUCUUAUUCUUCUUCGCAACCUUGAUAAUGUUCGUCGCUCAGGUCGCUCAGCAGUAUUCUGUUUAACCAAAUUUCCACACGCCUCGGUUGUCGAGACUUUUCUUGCCGUAGCCGACUGCACGUCCUCAACAGCCGUGUGCUCGAACUUGCAAGAUGAAGGUAGGAUUACAUGUGAAACAAAAUCCUUAUCGCUAAUGUCCUCCAAAACCAUCUCUUCUUCAACUUUACAGGAUAAAGUUUCCGAGGUGGAGCUCAGUCCUUUCUUUAUAUUUACACUUUCGUUAUCCUUGUUCGAGUUUGAACUAUGAUUGUCUACAAGUUCGCGAGUAAAACUCGCAACUGAUUUUCCGAUCACUUUAAGGUCCUGUACGUUAUCAUUGCUUGUAGGAAAAUGUCCACAUUCCACUCUUGUCCCGGAUGUUUCACGCCGACUUUCAAAGUUUAAUCCUUUUUCAAGACUUUCACGUUUCAGUUUCUCGUCUUCACUACUUUCUAUAUUCUCACGAUCAUUCUCUUUUUGAAGGCGACGUUGUUCUCGCAACAUUUCAAGAGUCACUUCAGGUGCCAUCGUUGACAAAGCAUGUUCAUUGUUCAAGUUAGAACUCUCGAACAUAUACAUGGAUGAAUCCUCAACACAAUUAUUCGGAUUUGGAAUCCAAAUAUCAAUUUUCUUUUGAUUUCCUUUGGACUUAAUUCUUGUGUUGUUCAUCGAAGUGGAGUCCUUUCGCACAGAGGAGAAUUCGACGUUUAAUGAGUUAUUAUUUCCAAUAUUGUCUCCGUGCUUAAGCAUUCGGUGUGUUGGACAAUUUUUUAUAUCCACGUUACUCUCUUCUUUAAUCCCAGUUUGUUGCUGAGCAUUAAUUUGUUCCUUGACGCAACGUUUCCCUACGAUAUUAUCAGGAAGUUCUUUCUUUGCAAAAUUUUGCUGCCCGAAAUAAGCUUCAUCCAUCACGUGUUCUUUUCUUACAGUGUUUUCCCGUUCACGUGCAAGCUCCGUCUUCUUCCUUUCGUCCUCCGAAGCUUUCUGCACUGCCAGCGGAACACGUACAAAGAACCCUCCCACGGGCUUACGGUGAACUCCGCAAGGAUCUUCGACAAUCUUGUCCAGACAUCUUAAACGUACUUCUAAGAACUUAGUGCGCAUGUCCCAGUGAUGUCGACUGUUGAACAUCUUUCCUUUUUGCGCAAAGAAACGAACAAACUCGAUGGUGUUUCUCCACUCGCGCAUGUCAUCAAAUCCUUCGUAAAGCAUGGCGACACCCGGAAACACGCUAUCGGGAGAAUGUACUUUUAACGUCGGCGAAAGAGGACGCACCACACCUACACGUAGGACUGUUCCAAGAUGAUCACUCGCUUUUGGAAAUAUCCACUUGUCUUCCAGUAUUCCUUCAUUGUCAAAAUCGUUCUCAAAAUUCUCGGAAAGAUUUUCACUCUCAUCAGAGAAACAUAUUUCUUGUUCCGCCCUCAUUUCUCUUCUUAAAAUUCACAAACGACAAUAAAUCCAGAUAAAAUAUCUCUCUGUUGCAAACGUAUACGUCCUCGCGCUUUGAAUACAAAUGCAAUUUAUGGUUAAUUUGCUCGCGCGCUUUUUGUUACAUCACUAAUUGAACGCAUCGUCAUCGGAUGUUUGUUGCAUCAUGAAAUUACACGCGACGUCGUAAUUAGCCAUUCCGAAGUUGAUGAGUGGACUGGAGACGAGUGUUAAAAAGUGCCCAAAUUAAGAAAUGAACCAAAUCACUAAAAAGACCACCUCAAAAUUAGUAAGUAUACAAAGUUUGAAGACGUGUACAUGAAUAUCCUUCGAAUAAUAAGCUUUCGAAAAUCGUGAUAUUAGAGAGGUUAAGAUACCCGGUUUCGGUGUAUGUGUACGGGUAGCAUGAUUUUGGUUAGCAAUAUUUUCGUCGAUGUCUGUACCUUUAAUCGUAAUUAAGGUGCACAUUUUUCGCAUUAUAUUAUUGUCUGUUGCAAGAAAACAGAAAAAGUAUGAUCGAAUUACAGACAUAAGUAAAACAAGAUGACACUACUCGUACCCGUACACCGAAACCGGGGUAUCUUAACCUCUCUAUUUACUAUGAAGUUGUAAUUUUUGUUUUUGGGACGCGCGUCCCAAAAACUAUCUUUUAAUCAGUAAUUUCACAAUUUUCGAAAGCUUAUUAUUCGAAAGGUAAACGUCUUGAAAUUUUGUAUACUUACUAAUUUUGAGGUGGUCUUUUUAGUGAUUUGGUUCAUUUCUUAAUUUGGGCACUUUUUAAUACUCGUCGCCAGUCCUCUCAUCAACUUCGGAAUGGCUAAUUGAUCGAUAAUUAGCGCAUCUUUCACACGUGAUCGGGGCCGGUUGUUCUAAGCUGGAUUAUGAACCUAUGUAAACGUCAAAUUCAAAGCAAACAUCCCGACAGUUUGUUUAUAAACUUGGAAAUAUUUCUUCAGAAGUCUUGUCUGGAUGAAUAGGCAUUUACUUUUUUGAAGUUUGAAAAACAAACAAACGUGCAGAGAUACACAAACUAAAAUCUUGUAACAAUAUGAAAUUGGUCGAAGACCCGUACUCAGGAAAUAAAAUAACAACAUAAAACGCUCACUGAGUUUCCAGCGAUAUACAUACCCUUUUCUAGAUAUAUACCUAAUAAUAAUAAACGAACGAACGAAUGUAAAUGAGCUCACGAGUGGAAGGAAUACAUUCGUUCGUUCGUUUAUUAUUAUUAGGUAUAUAUCUAGAAAAGGGUAUGUAUAUCGCUGGAAACUCAGUGAGCGUUUUAUGUUGUUAAAAUCUUGUAAUCCAAUUUUGAGCAACCAACCCCUAAAACACUAAAUAAAAAUACUAAAGACACUAUUUUAACUAUCCAUGCUUUUGGUAUAUCUACUCGGAAACCAAAUACGUUUUAUGGGCUACUGUACCUAUGUUUCUGACAAAUGAUUUAAUUUUAACAAAUUUUCGCAUAUGAGAACUAUGCUCAUUUUUAAAAAAACUAUAAACAUAUAGAAACUUUUUACUUUUUUAGCUAUACCUUGCAGUGAAACAAGCAGUUAUAGUGAUGUUUGGAAAUCCUCUACCAAACCUUGUGGCUUGCUCGAUUCCUUGGUAGGCAAAAUGAGAUAUUACUACACCUUGGAUGUACUAUUUUUUUGUGUGUAUGGUUACUUUGUAAGCACAUUAUUACUCAACUUAAGAGUGCGAAAAUACUAGUGGGUUUUGUGAGCAAGAUCGUUGUUAGUCCAUGUGCCAUUCAGCUCUGUAACAGGGUUCAUUUCUGCUAACAUGAAGUUUUCUGUUUAUAAAUGUGCCUCUGUUGCAUGUGAGAAGUGUCACCGUGUUUGACUCUACCAGAUAACGCAAGAUUUUCUCGCAGUAACAGUAAGGUUGAUGACCGUACUGGACGUCUAGGGGGACCGUUUAGAGCUGAUAGAGCUAUUCAGUAGCUAUCAAUACAGUUAGUAGUUUAUAGUUUAUGUUUCCUUUUGUAGUAACACUGGAUCGAUAAAGGAUGUGUGUUUCUGGAUGUCUAGGGAGAAUAGUUUAGAACUGAUAGAGUUAAUAAAUUCAGUUUUAACAUGAAUGCUAUUUAUAUAUGACAUGUGAUUAUUAAGCAACAUUAAUUUUUAUUUUCUUAGGAUGGUGGGCAAAAACCUGUGAAGAUUACAUCAAGUCUAUUUUUAGCAGCUCAAGGAAAGAUUGCGUGCGGCCGUCAAGAUGGAUCGAUCAUUAUAAUCUCCGCAACCAAAGCUGCAAUAACGCAGUUCUUGACGAAAGACAAUACUAAUCCUGCUGGUAAGAGCGCCUCGCAUGACUGACCAGAUUCAUACGAACUUGAGCAUGUUCGCAUUGCUUACAGUAUAUUAUCGUCUAUCUUUAUGUAUAGCUUGGCCAAAAUAUCAAAAGCUGAUCGGUCAUCGAAGUAAGGUCACCUGUCUUCUUUAUCCAUAUGGAGAAUAUGACCGCUACACACCUGAGCAUUUCGUGUCGGGAUCAGCGGAUUUCACAGUGAAGUUAUGGAACCUUACUUCCGGUGCUCUUCUGACGUCAUUUUCAGCCAAUGGCGGUGAAAUAUUGAGGUUGACGUGUACGCCUCCAAAAUGCAGUGUAAGUAGAUGGCGAGGCCAAAAAAAAAUAUGUGGGUUUCCGGUUUCUUCUUAUAAAAACUUAGGUAGGGUAGGUCGGUUUUAACUUUUUUUUUAAACUUUUUUUUUUAAUUUUCCGAAUAAGCGGACGCCAUUUUGUUUAGUUAGUGCUUCCACAUCCAAAGAUAAAUUUCCCUAAUAUUGCCUCAAAUUUCAAUUUUCCACAAACUUUUUCCUCUAAGUGGAAACACUUACAAGCAUGAUCCAAUAAAAAAGUUUAGGGUCGGGAUUUCGACGUCCAAAAGCUAGGUAGGGUCGGGAAACCGGAAACCCACAUAUUUUUUUUUCCCGACUAAAUUAACUUUAUUUACACUGGGUAACUCUAUCAGCCUUAAACCGUUCUUCUUUGAGAUUCAGCAAAGGUCAUCCGAAAGUGGUCCUGUAUUACUACAGAGGUAGACCUAAGCUAAACUAACUUUAUUUAUACUGGAUAGCUCUAUCAGUUCUAAAAUGUUCUUCCUAGAGGUCCAGUAAGUCUUAUUGACCCAGGAGGUCACUACAGGAGGAAACCUAAACUAAACUUACUUUAUUCAUACUAGUAACUCUAUCAACUUUAAACUAUUCUUCCAGAGGUCCAGUAUGAGACUAAAUUGAUGCUCCAGUAUUGAGAAAUUGUGGCGUGUCAUCGUCGGUAUUUGUUUUAUUAUUUUCUAGAUCCGUAUUCAACACUGCGUGUGCUCAAUAGCUCAAGAUCACUCCGUUGCAUUGUUGAAUUUACGAGAUCAUCGCUGUCUCCUGCUUGCGUCAUGCCACAGGUUCCCUGUACAAACUGUAAGAUGGAAGCCAGCAGAGGACUUUCUGAUUAUUGGUCUGUCUGAUGGAAGUGUAUAUGUGUGGCAGAUUGAAACUGGUAAGUUUUGCCUGGAACAAUUUCUUAUUCCAUUUCCAGGCAGUUGCAUCACCCAGGGGCGGAUCUAGCCUCAUCUGCCAGGAGGAGUGCAGGUUUUUCAUUGGGGAGGGGGGGGGUGCAUGAGGGAGCCUUGCUGUCCACUCUCCCCUGCAGUCUGCAACGCUAAUAUCUCAGCAUUACCAUUAUUUUUUGUUUAUUUAAAGUACUGUAUAUUUGAAAAUAUGGUCAUAUCAUGUGUACAUAUUUAACCAUGAUAUUUAGCUAAAGCAUUCUGAGUAUUUUCUCGUGAGUUCACAAAUCAAUUAAAUUGUUUCAAUAAAUCGACACGUGCUAACAGUUUCUAGAAGUUCCGCUAAUGGCUAUUCGAAAAGCAAAAAAUGUAUGGUCAAGCAGAUUUUUUAGGGUGGUGCUGGACUUCUCUAAAGGGGGGGGGGGGGUGCUAGACACUACUAGGUGGGGUGCGUACUCCCUCGGUAGAUCUGUCCCGGGCGAACACGCGAGAUUCACGGGUUUAAUUGUAGUAUUUACUUUUGUGUCCAUCAGGUAAUUUGGACCGCUAUGUAACGGGUGAUGCGGCUGUUGAUAUCCUCAAUGCGUUUGAUGAUGAAUCCAGCAAGAGCAGUACGGACGGCAGUCUGAGGUCUCGAACGGUGUUCACGAAAAAAUUAUCGCACAUUGCGACAAACAUUCCCAAAAUGCCGUCACAAAUGUCGUUGAGAAAAAUCAAGAGAACUCGUUCGUCAAGUCCCAGACUACGAAAACGAGCGGCUGCACGUUCGCCAGGUAUGAUGGGAAGGAUUGUUGAUUUUCCCCAAACAUGCGAACUUAGGCUGUUAUCUAUUUUUGAUACCGUAGAAGAUUUUAACAUCUUUAACAGUUUUUAAAUCAGUUGUUAUAAAUCAGUUCACAAGUUGUCGUCAAGUUGUGUUCGCAUUGCUUGAUCCUAGUUGUUGUAACAAGUUUGGAACAAGCUGUUCACAAGUUGGAACAAGCCUGAUGGCAUUAUCAGACUUGUUACAAGGUUGUUCUAACAAGUCUGAUACAGUCAUGAUAUAACAAGAAUGUUGCAAGGUUGACGACACAAGGUUGUAACAAUAUUGUUAUAUCAUGACUGUAUCGGAUUUGUUGGAACAACUUUGCUACAAGUCUGAUAAUAUCAACAAGAUUGUUGCAAGUUGUUAACAGCUUGUUCUAAACUUGUUGACGACCUGGGAUAAGCAGUUGACAGGAAAGUUGACAGGGUUGGUUAGGAAAAGGGCCCACAGUAAUUGGCACAUGCUGUUGUGGUGACUCUGCCCUAGUUAGCAAAGCUAAAUAAAUAAAACCUGUUGAUGGCUUGUUGGCAGACUUACCAUAUGUGAUUUAGAUGUGAUAUUUGUACGCGUGUACUGCACACAUAAAAACGCUCAACUUGUAACAAACCUUAUAUCAAUGCUGUUCCAACAACUUGUCAACAGGAUGUGUUCGCACUGCUUGUUCCCAGCUUAUUGACAAGUUGUCAUCGGCUUGUUGACAACUUGGUGCAAGGUUAUUCAGCUCAACAGACUUCUAACAAGUUGUUCCAACAACUUGUUAUCGUCCUUGCCUGUUGGCCAACAAGUUGUGAGUGACAACCUUGUAGCAACUUGAUGAAAUGGCAACAUUGAUACAACUAGCUUGUUGACAGGUUUGCUACACGCCUGUUGCGAACACAUCUUGUUGACAAGUUGUGAGAUUUUCACGUGUGGGCCUGAAUAUCUUCUUCACUAUGUAGUUGAUAGUUAUCAAGAGAUGAGUAAAAGUGUGCCAGUGCGUGUGACGUCUCUCAAGACAGGACCCAACGAAUCUGAAAUUCAUGUCAUGUUGUUUGAUAUGGAAGCAUUAAUCUGUCAUCUGCUUGUCGAGGAAACAAAGACGCAGAAACGUGAGUUGUUAAAGUUCUUUUGAUGUCAGAAAGUUGUGGUUUGUGAGGGAUUCAACAACAUGAAAAAUACAAGUAAAACUUCGACAUUUCGAGCGACCUUCUUCCCAAGGCUGAUAAAAAAUGGGCCAUAUAGUAAUCCAAAAUACUUAAUUAAGAACUGGUAAAUCAGGGUGCGAUGAUUCACGUACCUGACUGGUACUCCAAUGGCUACUGCCACGUACUUGGGCUGGUAGAAACUUAAGAGUCAAGGUGUACUUAAGAUUUAAAAUGAAGUACAUAAAGUACAGGAUUCUGAAAGGUAUUCAUUCAGUGACUUAAAACUACAAGGAGCAAACACUACAAGUCGACUCCAACAUUCUUUAGUCUCCUCAGUCCAAUCAUGUUUCAUGUCAAGACAUGUCAGACUUACACAUAUACGGUAUUGAAUACCUUAGGCUUGGUAAGGCCAUGUGGUACCAGCAAAAUGUAAGCACGUAGAUAGCAAGACCUACGUGGUACGUGACUGAAAACAAAGAAGUACCCGACCGUAAUAUUGGCGUACCUCUGGUACGUAAGUACGCGAAUUAUUGCACCCUGGAUAAACUCAUAUUCAUAUUUCAAAAGACGUCUUCCUCCCAGCAUUAUAAUUUGCGGGGCUCUUCCACUAAACUCCAUUUGCCCAAGCCUAAGGCUGAAUAUCUUAAAAAAAGUCUUAGCUAUAGAGGGGCUAAACUGUGGAAUAGUCUCCCAAAUGAAUUAAGAGGAAAAGAAUCACUAGCUAUAUUCAAUAAAAACGUAUGACACGUGGCUAUUAUUAGAGUUUUCAAACCCAUAUUUACCUUGACUAUUUAAUCUAUUAGUAUUUACUAUUAUGUAUGUAUGUAUGUCCUGUAUGUACUAUUAUCUAUUUAAUUAUGUAUGUAAUUGUAAUAACUGCCUGUAAGUUUCUGUGUUUGUAUGUUUAACUUUUCUAAAUUUUUAAUGUAAAUUUGAAUUUAAUGCUAUGCCCCCCUUGGAAAUCAGCUUUUGCUGUAGGGGUUAGCGUAGUAAAAUAAAGUUUUACCUACCUACCUACCAUUCGUAAAUGAAAACACAUUAUGGUUAAGAUUAAGGUUAAGCACUACGAUUUUUAAACAUGUAUUUUUUUAGUUGGGUCAAACACGCGAAAGGUAAACAAAGACCACACAAAACAUGUUUCCUUCACCUCUGGCAAUCAAGUAAGUCCACACCUCAAGUUUUUGGAAGAAAUCCACGAUGGCGCUCAGCUUCUGGUCUCGUGUCUGCACUCUUGGGGACUGGAUUCUGAAAUUGACGAAACCUGUAUUUCUAGACUUGGACUUCUUCAACCGGUCAAACCAGUUUCAUUUGGUCUCCUGACGCACAGGAAGCUUAGCCUGAUUGUGCCUGGAUGGUAUUCAAACUCUGCUCGAAUGUCGGGCUCCUCGCAAAAUGUAUCAGGCGGUAAGAUAUGAUAACUAUUUACAACAUGAGCAGAUGUGUUGUAUUGGUUAUACGAGCCGAGGACUAGAGGUUGUAUAUUCAUUAACUGUGGUAUAUCCAAUGCGCCUCUAAUCAUCCCAGAAUUACUUGAUGCUGCAUCAUUCUAAACAGCUUACGAUGAAUAAGUGAUACAGCAGCAAACAACUAUAUGCGUAGAGUUACCACAGCUAAAUCUACUGACGCACUCAAUUUUAUUAUUUAAGUCAACCAAGAAUUUUUGAAUUUAUUUUUAAAGGAAGUUAAGGAAAGAUUGUGAUAUCUUCUUAUUAAUCCCUAAUUGUACUCGCCAUCGCAUGAUUACCUAUACUAACUAUGGGAGCCUUGAGAUCUGUUUAGGUCAGUUCAGUCCAGAACCUUGAGAUCUGUUAAGCUCAGUUUAGUCCAGAACUUUGAGAUCUGUUCAGCGUAUUCCAGCUCAAUUCUAAUAAUAUGAAACUGUAUUGAUCGCAGGAAACGUCCAUGACUCGGCCGUGGGUACCAGUGUGACUGGGAACAUGAAAUUCUUCGAAUCCCGUUGGGAAUUUUGUUCUGCGCUGACAACUCAACAUUCACUGAGUAUUGUCGCUUUAACCAAUACACUCAUGAGUAUGGCUCAAAUUAGCUUCUUACCACGUUUCGACAAAGGUCCGACUUCCCCACGGCGUAGCGAGAAUACUACGAAAGUUCCCGAAAUGGAGUCGACGUCUCACGAUGAAAACCCGAGUGUUGCUAUCGGUUCCAUGAUUCGCGCGAAUAUCAAAGCGGGCUGGAGUCGACUUGCGACUUUGUAUUGUUGUUUGUUGCCGGAUAAAUUAGACAUGGUGUGCUACAGACCGCCUCUGUUGCAUGUGUUGGCGAGGAGAUGGCAAGACCGCUGUCUGGAGGUGAGCUGAUCGCAGGCACUAGCAAUUUGUUAGCAUUUUAACGUGGUGUAUUUUAUACCGAAAUUGUUUUUUCUAGAUUCGUGAAGCCGCUCAAGCUAUCCUGGUGACUGAAUUACGGCGCAUUAACUUUGAAGGCCGAGCGAAAGUCGUGGAAACCUGGGUCCAAUACCUGCCUCAAGAAAUCGAGGGUUCCAGCAUUCUCAUGGAAUCCAGUGAUUCUGACUCAGGUUCGUCUCAAAAUUACAUAUGCAUAUUACAAAUUUUUAUUUUUAAAUUUUGUUGCCAGGAAGACAAAUAUAUUUUCUAGGUCUACAUUAAACCUUGUCACCAGGCCUGGUCACCAGUGUAGUUUUUAGUUCGUUUUCUUGUAAAUGUUUAUCAGAACUCAUUCCUCUAGAUCUUUCAGAUUCUGGCGGAGUUUCAGUGACCGAAGACGACUUUUCCGAGGACGUUCUCAAUGUCCUUGAUGGCGCCAAAAAGCUCUUCCAGUAUGACGCCAGUCGUCGCCAGGCAACGUCGAUUAUAAUGUUAGCUGUGAUUGGCUCAGAGUUUCAGAAAGAUCUUGGAACAUUGACCAAUAACAAAGCGGAAAAAACGUCGAACAACGGACAGAAAAAAAUCGGGUUUCAAGGUGAUCCUUAGGAAUUUAGAUUUAUAUAUUUUGGCCAUACCCCCUAUCAUGUUUACUCGAGGAAACGUUGCACCUCAGUCGUAUAUGCGACGAGUUAUUCCUGUUUUACUUCACCAAAGUUUAAGUAAUUUUAUGUUUGAAUGAUUAGACCAUACGCUUAGUAAAAAUUUAUUUUAAUAUAAUGUUUAUUUUAAUUUUAUUAAAAUAAUUUUUUUACUGAGCCUAUGGUCUAAUUAUUCAAACACAGAGUUACUAAAAUGCGGCUUAGAAUAACAUUUAGGUAGUUUAGUUUAGUUUAGUUUAGUUUAGUUUAGGUUUUCUCCUGUUGUGACACUAAAGCCAAUAAAGUAUGAUUCUUACUAGUCCUCUAGGAGAACAGUUUAGAACUAAUGAACCUUUCCAGUGUAAUUAAAGUUAAGAUUCUAUUUUCCCCAGGUGAGUUGUUGCUUCCUUCGCGUGUCGUCUACCUCACCGGCCGUGCUCUGAUGUUCAUUUUACUCAAAUCUCAGUCCCAAUCCCCUCGCACCCUCUCCUAUACCUCCAUGCGACGAGCCGCCAUCGACCUCAUAGGCCGAGGUUUUCCUUUGUGGGAGCCCUACAUGGAUGUGUCAGCAGUCCUCAUGGCCCUUCUCGAACUGUGUCCAGAUAAUAGGAGUCACGUGGCUUCAUUCUCAAAGGGAUUACCGUUGUCCAGUGCUGCAGAUUCACAAAGAUCAGCGCGACAUGCUCUGACGUUGAUUUCUACGGCACGCCCACUGGUGUUUAUCACCACUUUAGCAAAAGAGGUUGGUGAAAAUCAUCAUUUAUUUCGCAAUUGAGUACACACGUAAAAAUCUCACAACUUGGCAAUAAGAUGCGUGUGCAACAGGCUUGUAGCAAGCUUGUCAACAAGUUGUAACAAUGCUGUAAUUUCAUCAAGUUGCUACAAGAUUGUCACUCACAACUUGUUGACAAAUUGUUGAAUUGCAGGACGAUAACAAGUUCUUGGAACAACUUGUAACAAGUCUGUUGAGCUUAACAACCUUGUAGCAAGUUGUCAACAAGCCGUCGACAAGUUGUCGUAACAAGCUGGGAACAAGCAGUGCGAACACAUCCUGAUAGCAAGUUGUUGGAACAACAUUGCUACAAGUCUGCUGCAGGUUUGUUACAACUUGUGCGUUUUUAUACGUGUUUAGAUGAAUGAUUCGCAAAUGGGUGAUUGAACGGUUAACUAUUUUGAUAUGCAUAUUUUAAUUCUUCCGGUCUGAGCUACAAGUUAUGAUUAAAUUGCUGCGCUAUAUGCGCUGUAAAGUUCUACCCCCACUGAUACAAUUAUCAUUCCAUUGGUAGGUAGCACGCAGUUCUUCAGCGCAAGCCUCGUUGUCAUUCAACCAAGCUUCCCCAGCAGCCAUUGCGGUCUACAGUCAUGUUCGUCACCAGCCCUCUUCAGCCGACAUUCAGCACUCGUCCACUCUACAUCGCUCGAAGAAAGAAAUUCUGCGAGUUCUUGAACUGAUGAUUGAAAAAACACAACAAGAAGUCAUUAAAUUAUUGCCAGAGGUAACUUCAUGAUUUAGAAAGGACCGUCACAAAAAUAAAUCACCACAGCUAGAAAGAGCAUAUUAAAAUUAGUAAAUUUGCAAAGUUUGGUUGCGAAAUGUUGUAAAAUGCGGAAAAUAUAGCCUUGCAAAGUUUGCAAAUUUUGUAUACUUUUGUUUUGCGUGCAGAAAUUGCUACCAUUUUCGACCCAAAUGUGGUAGGAAUUUCUGCACGUAAAACAAAAGUAUACAAAAUUUGCGAACUUUGCAAGGCUAUAUUUUCCUCAUUUUACAACAUUUCGCAACCAAACUUUGUAAUUUUACUAAUUUCAGUAUGCUCUUUCUAGCUGUCGUGAUUUAUUUGCAUCUCCUUGCUUAGUUUUAAAAUUAGUCUAUAAUGGGAAUUGUCUAUUGUAUUUAAAGAUUUCACAUUCAAUAGCUAAUUACUAAAUUAUCAUGUGAAUUACAACAAUUGUUAACAAAAUUGAAUUAGUUGACACUACUCCAUUUACAAAAUUUGAAUUAGGAUUAAAAACCAAGUCUAAUAAAGUACUUCUAAGAUAAAGUUUGGUUAAAUCUAUUAAUUCCAUAUACAAUUGGACUAUUUUUAUAACGUUCAGUUCUACAUUUAAAAUUAUAAAAUCUGUCUCCGUUCGAUCUGGUGGUUCUAUCCUAACGUUCUCAACUUUGUUGGAUAAUAAUCCUUUGUUGGGUAAUGUACUCAAUCAAUCACUUUUUUGGUUUUUUUCCAGGUCGUACAGAUACUUGUUCAUUGCAUUGAGCCAAGACACCUCAAAGAACGCGGUUCUAAUAAAGUACUUCUAAGAUAAAGUUUGGUUAAAUCUAUUAAUUCCAUAUACAAUUGGACUAUUUUUAUAACGUUCAGUUCUACAUUUAAAAUUAUAAAAUCUGUCUCCGUUCGAUCUGGUGGUUCUAUCCUAACGUUCUCAACUUUGUUGGAUAAUAAUCCUUUGUUGGGUAAUGUACUCAAUCAAUCACUUUUUUGGUUUUUUUCCAGGUCGUACAGAUACUUGUUCAUUGCAUUGAGCCAAGACACCUCAAAGAACGCGGUUUGAUGGAGAUAUUCCCUGCGCUUUUCAAGUAUGUAUGAUUUCGUUAAUUUAUUUUGGAAAAAAAACCCCACCAUGUUCAUGUUAUACACGUAAAAACUCUCGAGUUGUAACAAACCUGCAGCAGACUUGUAGCAAUGCUGCUUCAACAACUUGUCAACUGCUUGUUGACAACUUGCUACAAGGUUGUUGAGCUCCACAGACGUGUUACAAGUGUUCCAACAACUUGUUAUCAUCCUGCAAUUCAACAGUUUCUCAACAAGUUGUGAGUGACAACCUUGUAGCAACUCGAUAAAAUAACAGCAUUGUUACAACUUGUUGACAAGCUUGCUACAAGCCUGUUGCGAACACAUCUUGUUGUGAGAUUUUUACGUGUGUAGGUCAAUCAAAAUCUGGCCUGAAGAAGUGAACAACGCGCUUUGGAAAUUUUGCAUCCCUUCUAUUGAAUGAUAUUACAAUAAACAAAAAACAUAAACUUGGUAAAUGUAUAUUUAUAAAUUUCCGUUUCAGAUUCCACAUGAUCAGUUAUUGUUCCAAUACACGUCGCCUAGCUGUCGGUUCUAAAUCUGGCCAGCUCACAAUGUACGAACUACGCUCUGCCAAGGAACAGGUACAGUAAGGUCCACGUUCUCAAUCCGAAUCCGUUCCGUCAUCCAUCUAAAGGCCCGUUAACACUUGCAAUUUUUCCUGCGAUUUCUAGUGCGAUUUCCUCCUUCUGAUGCAUGUGAACGAGUAAAUAAGUUAUGAAUAUUCAGAGUAUAUGUCUCACCGAUGCACUCUCAUCUCAACAUGCAUAACUCAUCCACUCGUUCACAUCCUUCAGAAUGAUACAAAUUCAGACAGUCGUUUCCUUUGCUGUCGGUUAUUUAUGCCACCCAAACUCGCGUGAUUUCUUAGUAUGACGUAAUAUUCCCGCGUGACAGCAAGACCUCAAUAUAUACAUGUUACUCCAUCAGGUGAUCCCGGCUCAUUCAUCAGCAAUCACCGCCGUACAAUUCUCAAAAGAUAGCAAACUCUUGGCUACUUAUUCAUACGAAGAAGCGAAAAUUAACUUUUGGCAGGUAGGUUGCUUUGCAUUUACAUUCUUAUCGGCUUAACUCUCUUUCCCUUCCUUGAAUGUAAAAUAGAGCCUGACACUCCACGCUGGUAGUAUUCAGGAAAUUUUCUCCCAGUACAGCAGGCUCAUAUUUCGAGCGGACGUCCGAUGAAAAAUUGAAAGCUUUGCGUUUUACACAAAGCUGCAAAUUUUUUACGAGAUGUCCGCUGACAAUAUGGGAGAACAUUUGCUAAAUUUGACCGUCGUGCUCAGGCUAUAUCAGCGAGGAUAUCAAUUGGGAAGUUAUGCUGUUUGCGCUUUCGUCCGUUGUAUUAUGGUGGCGAAGUCGUCAAAGCAAGCGCCUGUCAUCUCUGAGAGCGUGGACUCGAUUCUCGCUACGGAGUCGGUCAAUGCUCUGCCGAACGUCGUGGGUUUUCUCCGAGUGCUCCAGUUUCCUCCCACAAGGAAAGGGUGGGUUAGGAUAAACACAUAGUUGGGAAAGUAAUAUCACAAUUAUUGUGAAAUUGACUUGUUGUAAAGAUAAAUAGUCCAGCCUUAAGCCUGGUUCACAUUAGCAAUUCUGUUGGUGAUUUUUCUCCUCUUGGCAAAUGUGAUUGAAUGAAUGACAUGCAAAAGACUUAGAAUUGUUUACUUCUGAAAAGCGACUCUAUACUUUUGUGUGCGAGUUCACUCAUUUGCAUCCGUCAGAAACACAAAAUGGCCGACAAAAUUGCUAGUGUGAACCAGGCUUAGUAGGUAAUAUAAGUAAGUGCAAUACAUCGAUUGGAGUGAGCUGUAUAAUGUACGUAUUUCUUUUCUCCCUCGUUCGCUAGGCCAGUUCCUCGCUGUUCGGUGUACUCGGCUCAGGAAUCAAGUGUAUUCGGUCUACAACCGUGUCAAAGGAUGUGAAAAUCACUCCAGUGAAUCUCAGACAGACCAAGUUAGUCUGGGUGAACCAGAAGUCCGUCGUGUUACUACUGCCGGACAGUACCCAGUACAAGUUUACGGUUUGAUGUGUAUGUGUGUUGUAUUAUGCUUUCUACAUGCAUCAAGAACAGAUCGAUGGCAAUGGUAUAGUCUUUGGUAGUGAAGUUUUGCAGCUACGGUAGGAUUUGUCUUGUACACGUUAUUGGUGUGUUAUGUGUAUGGUAUGUUGUCGUCACUCCUCAGAGAAUGAAUGGAUUUGAAUAAACUAAGAUGGCAGUACACUAAUAGUAUUUCCUGGCCUAUACACACGUACAAAUCUCACAACUUGUCAACAAGAUGUUUUCGCAACAUGCUUGUCAAAGCAAGGUUGUCAACAAGUUGUAACGGUGCUGUAAUUUGUGCUGUUAGUUGUAAUAAUGCUGUUGAAUUGCAGGGGCCGCUUGUUCAAAGCUGGGUUAGCUUAACCCUAGGUUAACCUAAAAUUCAAAGCAAACUUCCUGACAGCUUGUCUAUAAAUUUGGAAAUAUUUCUUCAGAGAUCUUGUCUGGAUCAGUAGGAGUUCACUUCUCUGAAGUUUUGAAAUAAACAGACGUGCAGAAAUACACAAACUAAAACAGCGGGUUAAAUUUAAACCCAGGGUUAGCGCUAACCCACCUUUGAACAACCGGCCCCAGGACGAUAGCAAGUUGUUGGAACAACUUGUAACGAGUCUGUUGAGCCCAACAACCUUGUAGCAAGUUGUCAACAAGCCGUUUACAACUUGUCAACAAGCGUGAAACAAGCAGUGCGUCAACAUCCUGUUGACGAGUUGUUGGAACAACAUUGCUACAAGUCUGCUGUCACAACUUGUGCGUUUUUACGUGUGUAGUCGGGAGGAGAACAAAAAGCUGCCCAAGAAAGUUUCAGCGCCCAUCGGUAUUGUCAACGUAAUCAUAUACUGUAUUUAAAAUUAGUAUAACUAAUGUCAUAUAAUAGAAAUUUGUAAUAGAAAGUAAUGUGCUGUGAAAUGUACAUAAGCCUGUAUCGAAUAAACAAAUGUUUGAUGAUUUGUGGCGUCACAGCAUAUUUCAAAGCAUGCAUUUGAUAUUAAAUGCAGUUACCGCUGAUCGUCCGUUUCGAAGGCUAUACUUGACGUCACAAAUCAUCGCUCGCAACUACCAACAAAAAUCUGCAUUCUCAACAAUUUAAAGCACGAGUGCUUUAUCAGAUAUAAAAGACGAUGCGACAGUCGAGUGUCUUAUAUCUGACAAAACUCUGACUGCGUGUGUUUUAAAUGGCUUAAAAAACGACCCACCUAAUGAGUUCAUUGGCGAAGUUAUUUUAAAAAUCAACGUUAACGUUCUCUAAGCCGAGAAAAUCGAAGCUGAAAUUUAUGUAAUUAACAUGAUAUAUCCUAUAAAGUAAUCAGUCAAAUGAAUACGUUAUUAUUAUCAUUAAAACUUUAUUUUCACACGGAGUCCAUUUCACAAAAUGUGCUCUUCCAUCGUGCAUAUACCAAAAUAUCUACAUAGUACAAUUACAAUUACAA